UCUCUCCCUCUCUCUCUCAUUAAGUUGUACAAUAAUGUUGGCAAGGAGCAGAACUCUUCCACCCAGAAUCAAUCAUGGGGCUAUUGACGAGAGGCAUGACAUCAGACACUACAUGCAAGUGGAAGUCCAACCCAAAGCCCAGAGUAGGGAGGCUGAAGCAAUAAACCCUCUUGCCAACUAUUCCAAGUGCUUGGAUGAUGAUGGCCGCUUGAAGAGAACAGGAACUUUUUGGACAGCAACAUCCCACAUAAUCACAGCAGUUAUAGGGUCAGGUGUGCUGUCUUUGGCAUGGUCGAUUGCACAGCUCGGCUGGGUUGCAGGCCCAGCAGUGAUGCUUCUCUUUGCCUUGGUAAUUCUCUACACAUCUGGUCUACUCUCACAGUGCUACAGAUUCGGGGACCCGGUCACCGGGCAGAGAAACUACACUUACAUGGAUGCUGUCAAGGCUUACUCAGGAGGGAGAAAGGUUGCAACAUGUGGGGCAAUUCAGUACUUGAACUUGUUUGGCACUGCAAUUGGUUACACAAUUGCAGCAUCAGUAAGCAUGAUGGCAAUAAAAAGAUCCAACUGCUUCCACAAGAGUGGGGGAAAAGAUCCGUGCCACAUGUCGAGCAACAGCUACAUGAUAACAUUUGGGAUCAUAGAGAUUAUAUUUUCCCAAAUCCCAGAUUUUGACCAAGUUUGGUGGCUCUCCAUAGUUGCUGCUAUCAUGUCAUUCGCAUAUUCUUCAGUAGGUCUAGCUCUUGGUAUUGCCAAAGUUUCAGAAAAUGGGAGCUUCAAAGGAAGCAUGAUGGGCAUUAGCAUAGGGACAAUGACAAAAGCAGGGACAGUAACUGCCACACAGAAGCUAUGGAGAAGCCUGCAGGCUCUUGGGGCAAUUGCUUUUGCAUAUUCUUAUUCUAUCAUCCUCUUAGAUAUACAGAAUACUGUAAAAUCUCCCCCAGCAGAACACAAGACCAUGAAGAAGGCAACUUUGCUGAGCAUCAUAGUAACAACAGUGUUCUAUCUACUCUGUGGGUGCAUGGGUUAUGCUGCUUUCGGAGAUAAUGCUCCGGGAAAUCUCCUAACUGGCUUCGGGUUUUACAACCCGUACUGGCUACUUGACAUAGCCAAUCUCGCCAUUGUUAUUCAUCUUGUGGGUGCAUACCAGGUUUAUUGCCAACCUUUAUUUGCAUUUGCGGAGAAAAAGAGUGCACAGAAGUGGUCAAAAAGCGACUUUGUGACAGCAGAAUAUGACUUACCAAUUCCUUGCUACGGUGUUUACCGGCUCAACUUUUUCCGGCUAGUAUGGAGGACCAUGUUUGUGGUGGUGACUACAAUCAUAGCCAUGCUCAUGCCUUUCUUCAAUGAUGUGGUUGGAAUUCUUGGGGCCCUCGGAUUCUGGCCUUUAACAGUCUACUUCCCCGUUGAAAUGUACAUUUCUCAGAAAAAGAUCAGGCGAUGGACAAGCAGGUGGCUUGCACUUCAAUUCUUAAGUCUGGCUUGCUUCUCUGUGUCUCUUGCUGCUGCUGUUGGCUCAGUAGCUGGUGUAGUUCUGGAUCUCAAGACCUACAAGCCAUUUAAGACUAGUUAUUGAAGGGAAGACCAUGGAAUCUAAAGUGAAUACAGUAAAAAGUUAGUGUUAGAGAGCAGCCUCUAUGAUAUCUUUGCGGGACAGGACCCUUAAAAGAGUGCAGAAUAGGUCCUUCCGGGAAAUAAAUUGUAAUCCGAUAAAUAAGAAAAAUAUGAAACUAAACUUGAUUUCAAUUGCCACUGUCUUGCAGGUAUAUGACUUUCUAAUGCAAAUAAAACUAUUUGAAUGGAGGACUUCCAUUGAUGUUUUGGA